UUAAGCGGAGCAGACCAAAAUCCCAAACAAGGAAAUGGUGGGGGAAUAAAACGAGCAGAUUAUUUAAUUAAUGCAUGUAAUAAUUAAUAUUUUAUUUUAUUGUAAAUUAAGACGUUUUUAUGGGUUAAAAUGGAUUACGACUUCAAAACAAAGCUGGCGGCCGAGAGAGAGAGAGUAGAAGAUCUGUUCGAAUAUGAAGGUUGCAAAGUGGGUCGAGGCACCUACGGGCACGUUUAUAAAGCUAAACGCAAAGACGGAAAAGAUGAUAAGGAGUAUGCACUGAAACAAAUAGAAGGCACUGGAAUAUCGAUGUCUGCCUGCAGGGAAAUUGCUCUCCUGCGAGAACUGAAACAUCCAAUUGUGAUCGCCCUGCAGAAGGUGUUCUUGUCCCACAGCGAUAGAAAGGUCUGGCUCCUUUUCGACUAUGCUGAACAUGAUCUUUGGCACAUCAUCAAGUUCCACCGCGCCUCCAAGGCCAACAAGAAACCCAUGCAGCUGCCCCGAGGGAUGGUGAAGUCUCUCCUUUAUCAGAUUCUGGAUGGGAUCCAUUACCUCCAUGCCAACUGGGUGCUCCACAGGGAUCUGAAACCGGCAAACAUCCUGGUGAUGGGGGAAGGCCCUGAACGAGGAAGAGUUAAAAUCGCUGACAUGGGUUUCGCCAGACUAUUCAACUCUCCCCUCAAGCCACUGGCAGACCUCGAUCCUGUAGUCGUGACUUUCUGGUACAGGGCCCCUGAGCUUCUGCUUGGGGCCAGGCACUACACCAAAGCUAUUGACAUUUGGGCAAUUGGCUGCAUCUUUGCGGAGCUGCUAACGUCGGAGCCCAUCUUUCACUGUCGCCAAGAAGACAUCAAGACCAGUAACCCCUUUCAUCAUGACCAGCUGGACAGGAUAUUUAGCGUCAUGGGUUUCCCUGCAGAUAAGGACUGGGAAGACAUUCGGAAAAUGCCAGAGUACCCCACACUACAGAAGGACUUCAGGAGGACGACGUACGCAAACAGCAGCCUAAUCAAAUACAUGGAGAAGCAUAAAGUCAAACCAGACAGCAAAGUAUUCCUGUUGCUUCAGAAACUCCUCACCAUGGACCCCACCAAAAGAAUCACGUCAGAGCAGGCACUGCAGGACCCAUACUUCCUGGAGGACCCACUACCAACCACUGAUGUGUUUGCUGGGUGUCAAAUACCCUACCCAAAACGAGAGUUUCUCAAUGAGGACGAGCCAGACGAGAAAACAGAGAAGAACCAGACCCAGCAGCACCAGCAGACGACAGGCCAGAAUCAGGCCCAGAACCAGCAGCAGACCACAGCCCAGCAGGCGCCCUCCCAACAGAGCUCAGCCCAAACAAAUGGGACUGGCGGAGCCCCAGGGGCAACCACUGGUGGGGGUUUACAACACGGCCAGGACCAGGGGCCGCCUAACAAGAAACCUCGGAUUGGGCCCUCUGUGGCCUCCUCAGGCACAGGGGUGUUACAGUCAGAGUACCAGCACUCCGGCUCCCGUCUUGGUUACCAGAGCAACGUCCAAGGUUCCACCCAACCCCAGAGCACCAUGGGAUACUCAUCGUCAUCCCAGCAGAGCUCCCAGUACACCCACCAAACACACCGUUACUGAGGCUCCCAG